AUGCACAUCCACCACCUAACCACCAUCCUCACCCUCCCCCUCCUCACACUGGCCGCCAAACCAAAAAACGCAAUCCUCCUCUCCCAAGUCCAAUCCCUCACCCUCCGCGGCAACGGCGCCAAAACCACCCACCGCCGCGUCUCCGCCAUCCCCCAACUAAAAUGCACCUCCUCCAAAGCCAUCUGCUCCCUCUACAGCAUCGACACCAUGCGCUGCACAAACCAGGGGUCCUCAUACGGCGGCGAAGACAUCGAAUGGAGCUGUACGGCCACACUGCCCGAGGAACUGAAACUAGGCACCACGGACGUCAUCUGCGAAGGAUACGCCAACUCGAAUGAUCCCUAUGUACUCAAGGGCUCGUGUGGCGUGGAGUACAGCCUCUUGUUGACUGGGAAGGGCGAGGAGCGGUAUCCGCAUAUUGCGAAUCCUCACGGCGGGUACUUUAGCGACGGGAGCGGAGGGACGGAUCUGAGCGCCUGGUUGUUUACGGUGGUGUUUGUCGCGGUGUUGGCGUGGAUUUUGUACUCGGCUUGUGUGGCGGGCAGUGGGAAUAGACGGGCACGGGGGAAUACUGGGCGGAGAUGGGGAGGAGGAGGAGGAGGUGGUGGUGGUGGUGGUGGUGGUUUUGGAGGAGGAGGAUGGGGACCUGGGAAUGAUCCUCCGCCGCCGUAUCCUGGGACGAAACCUUCGACGGAUUCUGCUUGGAGCCCUGGAUUUUGGAGUGGUUUGGCUGGAGGUGCUGCGGCGGGAUAUUUGGCUGGGAAUAGGAAUAGGAAUGAUGAGAGGAGAGGGUACGAUCGUGGAUGGGGGACCAGCACCUGGGGCUCUGGCCCAUCUAGUCCUCGUCCUUCCCCGGCCGCUUCUUCAGGAUCAAGUGGGAGUUCAUCUAGGCAUGAAAGCACAGGAUUCGGAUCGACUCAUCGAAGAUAG